ACGUGUAGGUGGAGCCUAUUAAAACGAGCCCCACCCAUUUCGAAAUGUCUGCAGUUGAUGAGGAAUUAGAAAACAAGCCAGUUAGACCUUGCACUGGAUUAAGAACGGAAUUAUUAAAAUGUCUUAAAGAAUCGGAAUGUUUUACUAAACAUGGAUUGACUCCAAGGCAAUGUUUAGACUCAACAUCACCUGGCUAUGAUCCGUCAUGCCAAUCUUUAGUUGUUGGUUUCUUUGAAUGCAAAAGAUCACUGCUUGAUAACAGACAGAGAUUUCGAGGGCGAAAGGGCUACUAAUCACAAACUCUAUAAUAUACUAACGAUUCUUCAUAUAUUGUACUAUUAUUAUGAAAAAAUCAAUUUGCAUAAAA